AUGAAACUAUCAACAAUCGUCGUUCAAGGUUUAUUAUUAUCAGGUAUUAUCGCCUCUCCAAUUGCUGACCCAGCUGCUGACCCAGUUGCUGACCCGGUCCCAGAUUCAGCAGAUAUUGAUUCCAACAAUUUAUCUAAUGGUAAUGAAACUGCUUCAAUUGAAGGAAAAAAGAAAACAAAAUUAUGUUCUGAUGCUGGUAAAGAUAAAGCAUGUUACUUAGGUAGUUUUGGAAAAUGUGUUCCUUAUUACACCCAGACUCUUCAACUUUCAUGUCAACAAGGUGAUCCACAAAUGAGAAUGGCAUGUCUUUCACAACAACCAACAUUUGCUAAUAAAUAUUGUGGUUUCUGGUGUGCCAAAUUAAAGACCAUUGAUGAUUGUAAAAGAGCUAACAAGGCAACAGGUUUGGGUUACAAAUGUAAAAGCUUUGAUUAUUGUUAA